AAUAAAUAUUAUAUAUUUUGGUAUAAUUUUGCUGUUAUAGGUUGUAUCGCUUAGUUGAGGCCUGUCCAGUCCAAAACUUCUACUCCCUUUUAAACGUAUUUCUGAAUGAAUUUUAAUAGUAAUUUACGAUUGUUUGGCAAGUUUGUUUCUGUUUUCAAAGCUAAACAUCAGGAAAUGCGACCAGAGGGUGGCAAACUAUAGCCGAGUUGACAAAGCUCACGUUUGAACCCGGUCAUUUCAUGGCUUUCAAAUAUUCUCCUGCUAUUUUGUGUGGCUUUUUUUUAUUAUGGCUGCUGUUGCUACUUUUGGUGGAAGCUCUUUUCGGCUAUGGGUUUAUGUUUCGUCUCGUCCAGUGUCUUGAAGUUGUUUUAGUUGGCUACGGCAGUUCGACUGAUUCACGUCGCGUAUUCGGCUCACAUAACUGUAAAGUUAUUAAUAAUUCUCGAAUAUUUAUUCACCUCUGCAUAUCGUUUGCCCGAGUUCCAGAAUUUCUUAUUUGGCUCAAUAAAUAAAUACUACGACAAAACCAAGGACAAUUUGAACAAAAACUCAAGUGGCUCUUCACGCCCACAAAAACGCAGACGCCAAACAAUUGCUGCCAAACCUAAGCCUCCAUCAUGUCGCAACAGUGGCCCUCAAACUGUUUCAUGUAUCUGGUCUACUUGGCGGGAAUCUUUCACUUAGCCACUCACCUGGUGAGCGCCUCCAGUCAAAUCGAUGUGGAUGCGGAUCUGAGGCACAUGUUGAGCCGUUGCCAAAAGGUCGACGAGGAUUUCAACGAGUGCAUGCGGCAGGUGUUUAACGAUUUAAGAGCCUACUUCACGACAGGUGUCCCCGACUACAACAUCAAGCCCUUUGACCCCCAUCGCUGUACCUAUGUUGAGCUGCGGCGAGGCGACUCACAGGGUCUGGGCAGCUUUCGGCUGAUCUUGCGAAAUGUGUCCGAGUACGGGUGGGCGCGAUCGGAGGUGACCAAGUUCCAUGCCGAUCCCGAGGAUCAGCGCAUCGUGUACGCCCAGUAUUUCCCCGAGAAGAGCUUGGAGGGCGAGUACGAGUUCGCCGCCAAAAUGCUGGGCACAGCGAUGAACCGUAAAGGCCACUGGAACCUCACCCUCUACGACUACAGUCAAACCACAAGCGUGCGACGAAUUGGAGGACCGGGUUCGCUGAUAAAGGUGCACGUUGAGGUGGACCGCAUCGGCGGAAUGGAGCUGCACAUUGAGAAUCUGCUGCAGGGACAGCCGCUCAACCAACUGGCCGAUGGAGUUAUCAACAGCAUGUGGCAGCUGGGAUUGCCCUUCAUCAAGCCGAUGAUAAACGAGCUGGUCAGCACAGCGUUUACGGACAUCUUCAACGAAUCCUUCCGACACUUUCCCCUAGAGAAGUUCCUCGUCACGUGA